AUGUCGUUGUCCACAGAAUACCUCCCUGAUUUCGAUCAUUCGGACACUACCAGCGAUGAUGAUCUAGACCUGGAAGAACUCGACCCGGAGUCGGUGGGAACCCAUAACACGCUUCGAAGCUCACGAGACUACAGCAGCCGACCGAGAGAAUAUGGAGCUCGUAUAGCAUUACGGAAUCUAAGAACAGGCGGUAGAAAUCUCAAAUGGAGUCGGGACGCAUCUCGGCGCCGUAAGCAUUCUGAAGAAGACGACCUCCACGGUCUUCUCGAGGACCACGAUGGCGCAGCUCUGAGUCCAAACACGGACGAUUCUCCUCUGUUAAUAGGGCAACGAAGAAGGAGCCAUGCAUCUUUAGACGACCGUCGCUCGAACAAACUAAGGCUUCCCAGUUUUCUAUCUACAAUUGCUGGUCCACCUUCAACAAAUAAUUCUUCAAACACUGGACCAGCUCGAGAGGUCUUGGUGGGCCAGCAGCAGCAGAUGAAGUAUCCUGCUAAUGCAGUGUCAAACGCCAAAUAUACUCCAUGGAGUUUCCUUCCUCGCACCUUAUACAACGAGUUCUCCUUUUUCUUCAACCUGUACUUCCUUCUUGUUGCGCUUUCACAAAUAAUACCCGUGUUACGCAUUGGAUACAUGUCCUCGUACAUUGCACCACUCGUUUUCGUUGUGUCCAUAUCUUUGGGUAAAGAAGCCUGGGAUGACAUUGGUCGACGACGGAGAGAUGCCGAAGCAAAUGCAGAAGAAUACACGGUUUUGUCCUUCGGGGAACCUGGUGGCGGGACUGCACGUGGUAAUUCAAGACAACUUGCUGGGUCGAUGCUUGAUUCGAAUGUGUACGAGCUUACUAAAAAGUCACGCGAUCUGAAGGUCGGGGACGUGCUUAAAAUCAAGAAGGACCAAAGGUUGCCUGCAGAUGUUAUUAUUUUGAAAAGCACACUAUCGGAUUCGUCUAUAACAAUUGACAGAUCGGAGAUUGCAGAGUCAUCAGAACAACGUCAAGCCAACCUUCUGGAUUCAAGCUCAGACAUUCCUCCAGCAGAUGAAAACGCCACAUCACAAAAUACUGAUGAAAAUACGGAUUCCAAUGGAAUUAGUGAUACUUUUAUACGUACCGAUCAACUUGAUGGAGAGACCGAUUGGAAAUUACGCCUCCCAUCAACACUGUCCCAAAGUCUUACCCUGAAAGAUUUCAAGAGACUGAGGAUUCAUGCCGGAGCUCCGGAUAAACGCGUCAAUGAUUUUGUUGGAACAGUCGAGUUAGCUCCACCACUAUUCAGCUCGUACGAUCCACCUGUGAAUAAAACAUCACCGGACAACGAGAAUUCACAGGAUUCACAUGAUGCAGAACAAGGGAAAUCUGCACCAUUGAGUAUUGAUAACACAGCUUGGGCGAACACUGUGCUGGCGUCAAACACUACGACAUUUGCCGCUAUCAUAUACACUGGCUCACAAACUCGAUCUGCAAUGUCUACAGCUCCCUCUAGGUCUAAGGUUGGCCUCCUUGAAUACGAAAUCAAUAACUUGACAAAGAUUUUGUGCGCCUUGACUUUAGUAUUGUCGAUAGUUUUGGUAGCUCUUGAACGAUUUCAACCAACAGAUGACAAGGAAUGGUACGUUGCUAUCAUGAUAUAUUUGAUUCUGUUCUCGACCAUUAUCCCUAUGAGUCUCAGAGUCAACCUUGAUAUGGCAAAGACUGUCUAUGCCAGAUAUAUCGAGCGAGAUCGUGAUAUCCCCGAUACCGUAGUGCGGACAAGCACCAUUCCCGAGGAUUUGGGUCGCAUUGAAUACCUUUUGUCAGAUAAAACCGGAACGCUCACACAGAAUGAAAUGGAAUUGAAAAAGACCCAUGUUGGAACUGUGUCAUACGCCAAUGAGGCCAUGGAGGAGGUCACGUCGUAUAUUAGACAGGUCUUCGCAUUAUCUGACAUCUCCCAAACAUCUCUUGUAACGCCAUCAUCAGUUUUUGCCUCCCAGGCUGGCGCUGGCGCUGCUACCAGAACAAGGAGGGAAAUCGGUGCUCGAGUUCGGGAUCUCAUUCUCGCGCUAGCCUUGUGCCACAAUGUGACCCCAACGACUGAAGAAGAAGACGGAUGCAAGGUUACCAACUACCAAGCAUCUUCACCGGAUGAAAUUGCCAUAGUGAAGUAUACCGAGGAAGUAGGACUACGAGUAGCUUAUCGUGAUCGAAAAAGAAUAUUCCUCGAAUCAACGCAUACAAAUCAAGUCGUCGUCCGUGUCAAUAUCCUCGACGUUUUCCCCUUCACAUCUGACAGCAAGCGAAUGGGUAUUAUUGUGAAAUUCGAGCAGCCUUCUCCAGAUGCUACUUCAUCAGAGAGCGAUGCUGAGAUCUGGUUUUACCAGAAAGGAGCAGAUACGGUCAUGUCUUCGAUCGUUGCAGCUAAUGACUGGCUGGAUGAAGAGACAGCUAAUAUGGCGCGUGAAGGAUUACGCACACUUGUUGUUGGUAGACGAAAGCUCUCAUCACAACAGUACCAUAGCUUCUCUACUGCAUACAGGGAAGCUUCGUUGGUUCUGCAGGACCGCGAUUCCGGCAUCGCUAGAGUUGUUGGCGAACAUUUGGAACGCGAUCUGGAGCUUCUGGGUGUGACUGGUGUUGAAGAUCGUCUUCAGCGGGAUGUGAAACCAUCACUAGAGCUUCUUCGCAAUGCGGGUAUCAAAAUUUGGAUGUUGACUGGUGACAAGGUUGAAACGGCACGAUGCGUAGCAAUCUCCGCUAAACUUGUGGCACGCGGACAAUACAUCCACACUGUGUCCAAACUCAAGGACAAAUCAUCUGCUCUUGAAACGCUCGAUUUCCUUCGGCAUAAGAACGACGCUUGCCUCUUGAUAGACGGUGAAUCUCUGUCAUUGAUGCUCAGCCAGUUUCGAUCGGCAUUCAUAUCGAUUGCCGUUCUGUUACCCACUGUAGUCGCAUGUCGUUGUUCACCGACUCAGAAAGCGGAGGUCGCAGAACUCAUUCGUCAGUACACCAAAAAGAGGAUAUGCUGUAUUGGUGAUGGCGGCAAUGAUGUCUCCAUGAUCCAGGCAGCCGACGUUGGUAUUGGUAUCGUUGGCAAGGAAGGCCGUCAAGCCUCUUUGGCAGCAGACUUCAGUAUCACCCAAUUUCACCAUCUCACCAAGCUUUUGGUUUGGCACGGGCGCAAUUCGUACAAACGAUCCGCCAAGUUAGCACAAUUUGUUAUGCAUCGUGGACUCGUGAUUAGUGCCUGCCAGACAAUGUACAGCAUUGCCAGUCAUUUUGACCCCAAAGGCCUAUUCAUCAACUGGUUGAUGGUUGGCUAUGCAACUGUUUACACCAAUGCUCCUGUCUUCUCCCUCGUUCUCGAUAAAGAUGUCGAUGAAGAAUUGGCGAACCUUUAUCCUGAGCUUUACAAAGAGCUCAAAAACGGCCGUAGUUUGAGUUACCGAUCUUUUUUCGGUUGGGUAUUCGUCUCUGUUUAUCAAGGCGCUGUCAUUCAGGGUCUUUCUCAGGUUCUCCUCGACACAACGACGGGGAAGAAAAUGAUCAGCGUAUCCUUCACUGCGCUAGUUCUGAACGAGUUGCUUAUGGUGGCAAUCGCCGUAACGACCUGGCACCCGAUCAUGAUAUUCUGUAUCGUAGGGACGGCUCUGGUGUAUGCAGCCAGCGUUCCAUUUCUUAGCGAGUAUUUUGACUUGGAGUUUAUUAUCACUGUGGGGUGGCUUUGGCGUGUUGCUGCUGUAUGCGCGGUCUCCGUCAUUCCCGUAUGGAUCGGAAAGGUCGUUAAACGAUCAUGGCGACCACCCAGCUAUCGCAAAGUCCGAGGAUAG